GAUUGUGAAGCAGGAAGUACGAAAGACAGCGACAACUUCAGCAGUGCAACGGUAGCAUCAUGCCUGGGUCUCAACGCCUGUCGGUCGUGACCCUGGGCAUCUUUUCCGCCUGUGUCCUCCCUCACUCAGCGGCGUUUGUGGCGAAUUCCGCAGCCCGAUGGCUAAGCCCAAGCCACCAGAGACGCUCAUCAUCUUCCUGCUUCAGGGACAGCAGCAGCAUUAGUGGCACUGCUGUGGCUCGCCGCCGGAGGGCUUGCAUGUCGACGUCGCCGGAAGUCCCUUCUGCUUCUGCUGCUGCUGAAGCGAUGGGAGGAGUACAAGACGGAAGCAGAGAUCCCUUCGUGACUGAGCUACCCGAUUCUUUCGAGGACUCGAUCGUGCGCAUGGGUCGGUCAACCCUGCAGUGCAUGGAGGAGGGACAAAAACGCCUACGAGUGGACUUCGACACCUCUGCCGGGGACGAUACUUACACCAAGCUGAAGGCCAGCCUGGAGAUGGCGAAGCAGCUCACGAAGCUGUUGGCCGAGGCCCUCAUCUGCGGCGGGGAAGGAGUUGAGGGGGGGGAGGAGGGAACAGGGCAAACGCUGGCUUUAUUUUUCCCGGAUGCCGGUUCGGCGGCACUCGCCAAGUUCGAGUGGGGGUCUGGCACCGAGAAUGCGCAGGUGCCCGCUGGGGUAAGGUUUUGCACGGUGAAGACGGACUCGCCGGCAGACACGGACGUCGGGUGCAUUCUGCUGUGCCCUCAGAACUCGGAGGCUGACUUCGCGCUCGAGCUCGUGAAGAAGAUCGAGGCCAGGGGGCAGUUCAUGGUCCUGGUCAACCCGGCGCUCAUCAACAUGGGGAUCACGGGCUACGGCCUGGCGGGGAGAAGGAUCCGAGACGAGAUCAUCUCGACCUUCCAGACGACCUACUACUUGAGAACGUUGCCGUGGGGGGCUGUGACAAAGGAAUACGGCAAGAGGUAUACGGUGUGGCAGGACGACCCCGACGACCCAUCCGGCUACCGCCUCCUGAAGGCGGUCUCCGAGAGGCCGGCCGGAGAGGCGCUGGACGACAUCUACAACGUCGCCAAUGGCCUGGCGGACGAUGACUCGGCGCCUGAGUUCCUCGAUUCCGUCGCCAAGUUCGUCCGAGACUUCGGGAGGUUGUGAUGGUGAUGGAAUCGAUUUUUUGCUUUCCUUUGCGCUUGUCUUCAUUUCAAACAGCAGGGAGAAAAAUGCUUUUUGAUGGAAGAUACAAGAGAGGAGGGCGCACGGACGAGACGACUGGACGUUUGUGGUAUGGAUCGUCUAGGUGUUUGGGGUCGCGGCCACAGUCAAGCGCAGAAACUGCCAGCUGCGGCCGCCUUUCGAUGGGGUGCGCGUGGCUGGAGACCACGCGCGAGACUGACUGCUGCUGCGCUCCCGGACGCGCCGGGGGGCUAAUGAUGGGGGCUUGCAAUCGCUUCCCCCCCCCCCAUUCCAAUUUCUUGGGGGCAGUCAGGUACUAAGCUCCUUGGGAAGCUGUUAAGGGCAUUGUGGUCGUGUGGGACAGAUAACUGUCUCUUUGGGUUAUUGCCUAAUAAACAAAACGAGGGUCUGCAUGUAGAUAGCAGGCGGCAGUUUUACCGCGUUUUUGUGGCGUACUUUUGGAUUCUUCGGGAAUGGAGAGGAGUAAUGAAUUUUGUUUAUCAACAGCUCAAACGGCGGUGCUAAAGGUGUUUUGCCUCGACGAUGUAUCUCCGUCACCCCCUGCAGUUGUGCUGAGGUCACGAUGGCGUAAGGAUCGGGAACAUGAGAGCGACCCUUUUAUGAGGUUGUCGGAUGAAAAACUUGAGAGCGACACCCACCUCUUGGUGCGGCGUUGCUGGGGGCCCAAAACGCAGAAAAGUCCGGCCAAAAAUCAAUAUAGGGUACCCUCGUUGUUGACGCCACCGGCCGGAGCCCCGCGGCGACGGCCGGCACAACUGGGCUCACUCAACCACACCGUUCUUCACGCUCAGAGCAGAGACCGACACGAAACUUUGCAGGAACCCCAGAAACAUUGCAUCCUACACCCGUGAGUGGUUCAUUGUUCCAUUUCAUCCCUUGAAUGAGAGAAAAGAGCUGCGGAAACGUGUUGAGUGACAUUGUUCAACUUAGUUGCGCCGCGUUGGGAAGGGCACCUUCGGCUCCAAGUUACUACCUCGUAGAGUUGAUCAAAUCGCGGGAUACUCGGAGGCUGUACUUCUUGGUGGGUUAGGUAUCGAAGACACCCUGGUAAAAAUUCGGAUCAGCACUACAGGAUGCGUAAUCAUCCUUGCCGAGGGUUGUCUACAAAACGCGGCGGAACCUCGAAAACAGGACAGGUACGGUCGCUGAUACGCAGCAGACGUUGAGUGCCUCACAGCUUUGCAGCUUGCUGACCAUGGUUCAUGGGAUGAUCAUGU